UUCCUGUUUUUUUAUUUCCUUUCCAAAAAAUUAAAAAUCUAUUUUCUCUCUCUUUCCUUGUUUUUUCCUUGUAGAAGACCAAGAAAUGCAUAGCAAUUAGCAACUCAUACUUGUUGACAAUUUUGCAGAAUUUCUCUCUUUUUUAUUUUCUCUCUCCUCCAUUUCUCAAGCUCGCUGUCUUUUCAAAAAUCCCCUUUUAACCCUCUAAAAUUGUCCACUUCUUCUUUGAAUCUUUCCCUAAAUAUUCCCAAAUCAAUUGCUACUUCAACCUCUAUAUCUUACAAUUUUAGAAAUUCCCCCUUUUUUUUUUCUUUAAAAAAAACCCAAAAAUUUCCCAUCAAAUCCUGCUUCUUCUUCGCCGGAAAUCUAUUCAUUUUCCGGCGAAAUUUCUGGGUUCAACAACAAAAAGAAGAAAACCCAGAAAUUAUUACACCCUUUUAUGAAUUUUUGAAGUAAUUUAUUAAGAGUAAUUACUCUAAAUAGUAGUAGCGUUGGCUAAUUUUAUCACCCAGUGUCAUGUUCUUCUAGUCAGAGAAUCAUCAGUGCAGGGACCAGCUGGUAGUUGGGAGAAAGAUUUUUAUUUUUUUUUUUUUUUUUUUUGGGAAAGAAAAUAAAAAUUGAAGUGAUAAAAGCAAAUUGACUGGUAGCUGUUGAAGAGAGAGAAAAGGGGAAAAAAAAAUUUUGAGUGUGUUUUUUGUUUUUGUUUUUUUCUCUCUCUUAAAAAAAAACCCUAAAAAAUAUCCUGUUCUUCCCCAAAAAUAAUUUGGUGAUGCCGGCAGAUUUGGAUGAUUCAUCGGCUAAAACCAUGUCAAAUAACACAGGAGCUUCUGGUGAAGCUAGUGUUUCUUCAAGCGGUGAUCAAACAGAACCCUUAAAACCCCCAACUAAAAAGAAGCGUAAUCAGCCUGGAAUGCCCGAUCCGGAUGCUGAGGUGAUAGCGUUGUCGCCGAAAACUUUAAUGGCGACGAACAGAUUCGUGUGUGAAAUAUGUAACAAGGGUUUUCAGAGAGAUCAGAAUCUUCAGCUUCAUAGAAGAGGGCAUAAUUUGCCGUGGAAGUUGAGGCAGAGAUCGAGUAAAGAAGUGAAGAAAAGGGUUUAUGUUUGCCCUGAAAUUAGUUGUGUUCAUCAUGAUCCUUCUAGAGCUUUGGGAGAUUUGACUGGGAUUAAGAAACAUUUUUGUAGAAAACAUGGUGAAAAAAAAUGGAAAUGUGAGAAAUGUUCUAAAAAAUAUGCUGUUCAAUCUGAUUGGAAAGCUCAUAUCAAGAUUUGUGGUACUAGGGAAUAUAAGUGUGAUUGUGGCACUCUUUUUUCAAGGAGGGAUAGUUUUAUUACACACAGAGCAUUUUGUGAUGCUUUAGCUGAGGAAAGUGCAAGAAAUCAUCCUAAUGGUAAGAAUAAUGCUAAUAACAAUAGCACUAAGAUGGAGAUUGAGUCAAAAGCUUCAGCUGUAAUCGCUUCGCCGCCACCAGCAGCAGCACCGCCGCAGCCAUCAGUGGCACAACAGAUGCCUCCUCCGUCGCCAUUGCCUGCUCCUCGGCAAUCAACACCGCCACCACCACCUGCACCGACGCAGUCAACUCCAAUUUCUGUGACUCCAGCUACUACUAUGGUGUCAUCCGUUUUGCCUAUUCAGAGUUCAGUUCAAGGGUUGCCCGAAAGUCAUACUCCGGUCUCGGAAAAUGUACUCCCUCCGGUGUCUAUGGUCACAGCUGGGUUAAAUGGUAGUGGAAGCAGUAGCAGUAGUUGCAGUUCUAGUAGUGGUGCCAAUACUAGUAGCAGUGUAUUUGCUACCUUGUUUGCUUCUUCCUCAGCUCAACCAGCUAGCUUACAAUCUCAUGCAAAUCCGGCUUUCUCAGACUUCAUUCAAACCAUGACUCAACCCGAGUGCCCUCCAUCAGAACUUCCCCAAUCUGCACCAGCAGAACCCAUUUCACUUUGCCUGGCUACAAAUCACGGGUCAUCGAUUUUUGGGCCUGCUGGUCAAGAACGAAGGCAGUAUGCUCCGCUUCCACAGCCAGCAAUGUCAGCUACAGCACUGCUUCAGAAGGCUGCUCAAAUGGGAGCAAAUGGCGGGUCUUUGCUUCGUGGACUUGGGCUUGUCUCAUCGACUUCAUCUGCUGGACCCUCAGAUAGUCUUCAAUGGACUUCUCGACAAGUUGAGCCUGAGACUAGCCCCGUCCAAUCCGGCCUUGGGUUGGGCUUACCUUGUGAUGAAGGGUCUGGAUUGAAGGAACUAAUGAUCGGAAGUUCUUCAAUGUUUGGGCCAAAACAACCUACCCUGGACUUCCUCGGAUUGGGAAUGGCUGCCGGGGGAAGCCCAAACGGGGGUCUGUCAGCACUAAUCACAUCAAUGGGGAACGGCCUUGAUGUGGCAGCCGCGGCUGCUUCGUUUGGAGGACCCGAGUUUGCUGGUAAAGACAUUGGAAGGAGCUCAUGAUAUGAGAAGCAAAGGGAGAAGCUAGAUUGUACAGAGCAUCACUUAGAUGUUGCAAGAGAAUCAGAUAUAAUUGUAGGUGGGGUUACUUAUUUGCAAUGUAUUAUGCCUAUAAUUAAAGACUUAAGAGGCAGUUGGGGUCUUUUUGAUAAAUCUGCUGCUUUUAUAAUGAUAAAAAAGGGCUAUAAAAUAUGUUGUACUAUGUUGUAAUUCAACUACUUCUGGUUAGAAACUUUAGACAAAUCCAUUCCCCCUGUUAAGUAUGUAAAGGGGGGAAUUAGUAAAUUCAUGAAUCAAGUUCUAUCAAUUGUCCAUUCUCUGCUGGUUGCUUAGCUGCUACUGUUACUUCA